AUGGCAGACAGGCUCAAAGCUCUGUUUACGAACGAGGUCAAUGAUCUCAAAGUGCUUCUCACAGAAGCAGCCAGAUCAGGCACAUACUUAUACCCCUUCCAGGGAAUCCUCUAUUUCUUCUACCACCGCUCUCUCUGGCAGCCCCUCAUAUCCAAGAUCGGCCCAACAAUCACUCUCGGCCUCGCCGUAACCACCACAAUGUUCUUCUUCACCUACAUCCCGCAAGUAGCCAUCUUAGCCUUCACCAGCGGACCCCUUGCCCCAUUCUCUGCAAUCCUCCUCGUGCUCAGCGAGAGCUCCACAAUCACAAACUACCUCUCACGCAGCUUCAUCCUCCGAGAUUCUCUCGUUGAUACCUUCGACGGCACGCUGAUUGCACGCGGAGAGAUGGCGCUUGUCGCCGAGGGCCGACAGAUCAAGGGCAGCACUGCAUCAGAUCCUGUAGCACGGCUGGGAGAUGUGAUUCGUAAACCGACGAAGGUAUUCUCGUUUAUCGUCGAUGAUGAGGUCGUUGAUGUAUCUGCCGUUGAACAUGAUUCCGGUGGUGGGAACGGUGUUUUGAAAGGGUGGGAUGGGAAAAGAAGGGAAGCGUGGGUGUCGGCUCAUAAGGCUGCGUAUACGAGUUUCGGGGCAGCGGCGUUUGUUCUGGAAAUGGUUCCCUUUGCAUCUCUGGCUUUCUCGUAUACCAACACGGUUGGCGGGGCACUUUGGGCUUCCAACCUUGAGAAAUCUAUUUACAGGGCACCCACCAUGGAUCAGAUGAAAAAAUUGGAGUAG